AUGAGUCAUCAGAGUCAAACGACAGUGGCUGCAACAGCAAAAGGUAUACAAGACAGAAGAGGUUCGCUUUUGAGAAAAAAUCGUUCAUCGAACAGUGUGGAUAGCACGUCAUCAACCACUAGCAGUUCACGUGCAAAAGGUUCACAUGCAUUGGUUCAAACAAAAAACGGUUACCAUGUAGUACCAUUUGAAUUAUUUUCAUCAGCAGUGAAAGCAGAACGUAAGAAAUUGUUCAGGGUUAACAAUGAUGUCGCGUUGAAAUUGAAAAAGGGUGACAAAGAGACACGCGGCAAAAUUCUGGCUAUUGGAGAUGAAGAGACUUGUAUAAGUCAAAUGGAAGUUUUUAUUAGUGAAUUGACUGAUAGUGUCACAGAAGUAUCUGGUACACCGGAACGUGUACGUUCAAAUCGAAAACUGAUCAUUGAUGAAACAGCUGGUACUGAUGGAACAAUUACACCACAACAAACGACGAUGACGUCGAUGCCAUCAUCAUCAAAUCAAUCGUCGCUAGCCACAAGCUUAGUCGUUGCAACGACACCAAAAUCAACGAAAACAAUUGCAAGUACACAAGUUGAUACAAGGUCAGCGUCAAACGGACGACGCAAACCAGGACCAAAAAAAGGAAGUUUUCGUUCGACGUCGUUAACUAAACAACGUUUAACAAUAAAGAGUCAAUCGUCGUUGAAAAACAGAAAACCAUUAAUUGUAUCGUCAAUUGUAAAUCGAGAACAAGAUGACCUCGAGGAUGCUGUGGAUGAGAGUCCGUCUGAUCGUGAACAAGCCAGCGAUGAAGAAAAUAUGGACUAUCAUUCGUGGGAUUUUGCAUCAACCAGUACGAAUACCGUAGUACCGGCUAUGAAAUACAAUCAAUUGGUCGUGGAAAAUGCGCAGUUACGAACAAAAAUUUUGGAAAUGAAAAAAGAUGAUGCUCAUUACAAAGCAUCGUCAUUUAAAUUUCCAUCAACGGAAAUACAACAACAUUAUAUUGAUAUGGCAACUGUAUUUACAUCACCAGAACCAAUGACAAAUACCGUUUUUCUUCGCGUUCAUUUUGACCAGCCGUUGUCGCUUUUCCAAACCAAUUUAAACCAUUCUAAAAUCACAAAUUCGUUUAAAUUAAUGUGGUAG